UCAGACUUGUAUUACAACUCUGCUACUUUUUAGUUCUUUUCCAUGGCUCUAUUAUUCUUCUACUUUUUGGUUCUUAUUUCCUUUGCCUUCACAACCAUUAUAGUACAAAAAAUAAGAAAGAAACCCAAGAAAACUGAUGACACAACUUGUAAAAUACCCCAUGGUCCUAGAAAGCUACCUAUUAUAGGAAAUAUAUACAAUCUGCUAUGCUCUCAACCCCAUAGAAAAUUAAGAGACCUGGCCAUAAAAUAUGGACCCGUGAUGCAUCUUCAACUUGGACAGGUUUCAACUAUUGUCAUUUCAUCCCCUGAGUGUGCUAGGGAAGUGAUGAAAACCCAUGACAUUAACUUUGCCACAAGGCCUAAAGUUCUAGCUAUUGAAAUAAUGUCUUACAAUUCCACAAGUAUAGCUUUUGCUGGCUAUGGAAAUUAUUGGAGGCAGCUAAGAAAAAUAUGCACAUUGGAGCUUUUAAGCCUAAAACGCGUCAACUCAUUCCAGCCAAUUAGAGAAGAUGAGCUCUUCAAUCUUGUCAAAUGGAUUGAUUCAAAGAAAGGAUCCCCCAUCAACCUCACUGAAGCAGUACUUACAUCAAUUUACACAAUUGCUUCAAGGGCUGCCUUUGGCAAGAAUUGCAAAGACCAAGAAAAAUUUAUAUCAGUGGUUAAAAAAACAUCAAAACUUGCUGCAGGUUUUGGCAUUGAAGAUUUGUUUCCUUCUGUUACUUGGCUUCAACAUGUCACUGGCUUGAGGGCUAAGCUUGAGAGGUUGCAUCAACAGGCUGAUCAGAUAAUGGAAAACAUCAUCAAUGAGCAUAAAGAGGCAAAUUCGAAAGCCAAGGAUGACCAAAGUGAAGCAGAAGAAGAUCUUGUGGAUGUUCUCAUACAAUAUGAGGAUGGGAGCAAGAAGGAUUUUUCCUUAACUAGAAACAACAUCAAGGCCAUAAUUCUGGACAUUUUUGCUGCUGGAGGUGAGACAACAGCAACAACCAUAGAUUGGGCAAUGGCUGAAAUGGUAAAGAAUCCAACAGUAAUGAAGAAAGCACAAUCUGAGGUGAGAGAGGUAUGCAAUAUGAAAGCAAGGGUUGAUGAAAAUUGCAUCAAUGAACUUCAAUAUUUGAAACUAAUUGUGAAAGAGACCUUGAGGUUGCACCCUCCAGCUCCUCUUUUGCUGCCAAGAGAAUGUGGUCAAACAUGUGAGAUACAUGGUUAUCACAUACCAGCCAAAACCAAGGUCAUAGUCAAUGCCUGGGCAAUUGGAAGAGAUCCAAACUAUUGGACUGAAUCAGAGAGGUUUUAUCCUGAGAGGUUCAUUGAUAGCACUAUUGACUACAAAGGGAGUAAUUUUGAGUUCAUUCCUUUUGGUGCUGGAAGAAGGAUAUGCGCAGGAAGCACAUUUGCUUUGAGAGCUGCGGAACUAGCCCUUGCAAUGUUGUUGUAUCACUUUGAUUGGAAGCUUCCAAGUGGAAUGAGAAGUGGAGAACUGGACAUGAGUGAGGAUUUUGGAGUCACAACUAUAAGAAAAGAUAAUCUAUUCUUGGUUCCUUUUCCAUAUCAUCCUUUGCCUGUCUCAUGAGCUCAGAAUGAGAAACUGAAACAUUUGGUGAUGGCUGUCACAUUUACUUCAGAAUAAAGAUCUUCUGUUAAUUGAAAUUAGACUUUGUGCUGUGAUUGGUUGUAACAGAAGAUGGAAAUUGUGACUACUGCAUAUUAAAAUAGCUUUUAUAUAUCCUCAAUGUUAAUUAACUUUGAUA